AGUGUGCAUACAGUAGGUUUAAUAGGUGUGAUUUUGGGAGCUUCCGGAUCCUGUCUUGCGGAGAUGCAGAAGAUUCCGUGGUGUAAUAUCCCUCAUGGUUCUGUAUUCUGGAAGGGGUGGCGGUACUCAAGUUUAUCGCACUUCAAGUCAGUGGUUGCACUAGUUGCCUUAGUGCUAUCAAACAUCGAUGAGGAAAAGCGAUGUAAGAAACCGAUACCAGACAUAGACGAGGCAAAUGAUGAAGAAACGGGCGAGUCAAAUGGAAAUGACGUAACUGGAAAUGAGAACACGGAGGGGAACUGCCCCACUGAACAGAUAUCUGACACUGCAGCUUUUAGUGUAUUUCUGGGAGAUUCUGAUCAGGUUCCGAGUGCCAAGUUGGAUAACAAGGCUUCAUUAAGUGUUUCGUUAGAAGAUGAUUCUAAUCAGUUUGGCGGAUUUCAUUACUACAAUUUAAACUCUGGUAUGUCAGAGUUAGUCCCUGCAUAUGAUACACUGGAUGAAAUUCAAGCACAGUCAUUGCGUGCUCCAGAAGUUGAGCUACAGAACAAAGAAGAUGAUGAUAUAAUCGACAACUCAAGAUAUGUACUUCCAUAUUCCCACGGUCCUGCACGCCGCCGUCACAACCGUGUUAACGUGAUUAGAGCAAUUGAAGAACCAGAAUUACAAUUUAAAGAUCUGAUAAUAAUUUUCUUUUUGAUCAUACUUCAAGUAGUCAUAUUCAUUUACAUCAUCAGUAAGGUUUUCACCCAACCAUUAUAUCCAGAGUACAAAAGUGUAUACGCAUAAUCUUUUACUUAACGUAAAAGUUUUACAUUCAUAUAUUGUUUAAAUUAUUAGCAUAUAUCAUUGUACAUUACAAACGUUAUGUUCUUUAUAUUCAUUUAUAUUUUUGAGAGUAUCUUACUAUCAAAGUCUAAAAUAUCAUAAGCAACUCUUAAAAAAGGAGUGACAUACUGCUACUUAUAAAUGUCCUUAAAACAUAUCCUUUACUGUAUUGAAUUGCUUUGGUGUUUUUAUAUAUCGUGGUCACAUGCUGUAUAAGAGCAAAAACUUUCUCUCCAACCCACAUGUUAUAAGCUUUGACCGACAUGAUGUAUGUUCAUUAAAACUUAAGAUACAAUUGUACAUACUUUACAACUGAAAUAAAUAUAAUAUUUUAUUUAUAGAAAGUAUAAUAUGCCAACUUUCAACGUUUAAAAACGGUUUCUUAAAUUUAUUAUAUGCAAUUAUUUUUUAGCUUAUGAAAUUAGGUUUUAGCUUAAAAAACAGCAAAACAGUGUCAAAAUGAUAAAGGCCUUUCAACUCAGGUGUAUAGCACUCAUUUUUUCAGUAACUCUUCAUUUCUACAACAAGUAUGAGCCUGUCGAGAUUUUUGUCUGUGAGAAGGUAAAUAGUUUGAAAGACUAUGAUUUGGUAUUCUGAGUUCAUGUGUAUAGUUUAGAGUAAAAGUUAGUUUUUGGACAUCAAUACAACCUGUUUAGUGAAGUUUGAGAUUAUUACUUUUAAAAUAGUAUAUUAUUUUAAUUAAUUACUGUCAUUAAGUAUUUUUUAUAUAAAAUAAAUUGUUAAAAUAUUUUUUAAGUUUUACUUAAUAGAAUAUGUUCAAUACAAAUACUAUCCUGUAGAAAAAAUGUCUAAAUAAUAUUUAUUUUUUAAUAAUA